CCUCCCAAAACCAAAAUCCCGAAAUCCUCCCGCGCUCGCCGCUCCCACAAAGCACCCAAAUCCCAAUUCCAAUCCUCAGAUCUCCACCAUUAUUCUCCCACCUCCACCAUCCACAGCCCCGAGAAUUCCCGAUCUCCGUCUCCGCCGUUGAUGCGCCAAUGGUGCGGGAGCUCCGCGCCGACUCCUUCUACGCGCGCCUCCGCGCCGCCGCCGUCGCGGCCGCGUCGGCCGCCUCCUCGCCGCUCCUGAUCCUGCCCUCCGCCGCCGACGCCGACUCCCUCUGCGCGCUCAAGGUGCUCGCGCAGGUCCUCUCCGCCGACUCCGUCCGCUUCUCCAUCUACCCCGUCGCCUCCGCCGCCGCCGCCGCCACCCUCCUCGCCUCCUUCUCCGCCUCCCAGCCGCUCUGCCUGCUCCUCAUCAACUGGGGCGCGCACCGCGACCUCCGCGGAAUCCUCCCGCCCGCCUCCACCGCCUUCGUCGUCGACUCGCACCGCCCCGUCCACCUCCACAACCUCGCCGCGGGCAACGACCGCGUCGUCGUGCUCUUCACCGCCGACGACGAGCACACCGCCGACCUCUCCUACGACUUCGACGUCUCCUCCCUCGCCGACGCCUCCGACCUCGCCGCCGACGCCGACGACCACCUCCGAGCCUCCGACUCCUCCGACGACUCCGACUCCGACGCCGAGGGCGGCGCCGGCGGCGGGAGGAGGAAGAGGCGGCGCCUCUCCGACGACGGCGAGGCGGACGGCGACCCGGAGCGGCUCUUCGCGAAGCUCCGCAAGCAGUACUACCGCCUCGGCACCUUCCACGGGAAGCCCUCGGGGUGCCUCAUGUACGACCUCGCGCACGCGCUCCGCCGGAACACCACCGACCUGCUCUGGCUCGCCUGCGUCGCCCUCACCGACCAGUUCGUGCACGACCGCAUCACCAACGAGCGCUACCAGGCCGCGGUCAUGGAACUCGAGCACCACAUCAACGGCUCGGGCAACCUCGACCCCUCCGGGCUCGGCUCCGUCGUCACCCUCAAGGACGGGACCAAGAUCCGGGCGCCAGAGGCCUCCCGCAUCGCCUACGAGGACGAGCCCAGGCUCAUGCUGCUGCGCGAGUGGAGCCUCUUCGACUCCAUGCUCUGCUCCUCCUACGUCGCCACCAAGCUCAAGACCUGGAGCGACAACGGGCUCAAGAAGCUCAAGCUGCUCCUCGCCAGGAUGGGCUUCCCGCUCGCUGACUGCCAGAAGAGGUUCCAGUACAUGAGCAUGGAGGUCAAGCGGAAGAUGCGCGAUGAGUUCGAUCGCUUCCUGCCCGAGUAUGGCCUCACCGAGUUCUACUACCGGAGCUUCAUGAGGGUGCACGGCUACCGGUCCAAGGUCUCUGCUGCAGAUGUUGUGUAUGGUGUCACAGCUUUGCUUGAAUCCCUGGAUGCCGACUCCAAGGACUCCAAGGAGUCAUGUGCUGCUGAGCAGUUUUGGGUUGCAUACUCCGCUCUCUCACUGAGCAAUGUGGAUCAGCUGCGGAAAGGAAUGCAGUCUGCAAUUGAGAUACAGAGGGCGAUACUGAGGCAGGGGAGCUCAGCAAUCACCAAGUCUGGAUUCAUACGGAGCGCUAAGAAGUUCAGGUGGGUCAAGCUUGAUGACCCAGUGGACACUGCUAAGCUGUGCCACCCUCAGGCCCUUACCAAGUUCUGCUUCUUCCUCAUGGAUGCACUCAAGGAGAGGGGUGCAAGGAUGAAGCCGCUUAUCUGUGCUUGCUUAGCAAGGGAGCCUGAGAAGGUGCUGGUCAUAGGUGUAUGUGGGAAGCCAAGGCUUGGGGCAGUUCAGGGGAACGCGUUUGGUAACGCAUUUAGGUCAGCGGCAGAGGAGAUCGGCGCUGAUUAUUUCCAUGACAUGUUUGAGUCAUCAUGGAUUGUUCUUGAUGUCCUUGCUGUCAGUUCUUUCAUGAUCCGAUUAACAGAGAAGCUUUAGUGCUGUGUGCUUGCCCGAUGCUAAUGAUUCUUUCAUUCCCAAGAUGGGAAACCUGAGGCUUCAUUCUCUCUAAAUAAAGGAGGUUGACUGGUUGAGGAUGGUGGUGCUUGGUAUGUUGUCCACCUGAUCUUGUCACCAAAUUACAGAUAGCAGCCUGACAAGCAUUGUGAUUUGCAACUUUUGAGUUGCUUGGCGAUCAUGAUUUUAGUGAUAGAGGAGAGACUGUUUCACUCUCCAAACUGCCCCAUUAGGAUAGACCAACAGAUUCAGAUGCAAACCUGAUUCUGACAUACAAGGGGCAAGGUACCCUUUUUUACUGGUUUUCUCUACCUGAUAGAAUGGAUGUUUGUAUCUGUACUUGCAUAAGCAUGCAGCGUUUAUUGUUGGAUAAUGUUGUAUUCGUUCCUGUAUCAAUAAAGUUAAUUCAAGUUUUUACAGUGUGCAAA